AUGGGUGAUGCCGGAUCUCCUCCUCCCCCUGCUCAUUCCUCUUCAUCACCACCCGCACAUCCACAACCCGUCCGCUCCGGCCUGCCCAGCGCCCACCCCACCGCGUCGUUCUGGCAGACGUCCUUCCCCAACCCCCUGGCCCAUCACCGUUCGACGCCGGAGCUGCCCGCGCACGCGGACGUGGUCGUCGUCGGGACGGGGAUCAGCGGCACGUUUGCGGUGGAUGAGCUGUUGAAGAAGAAGCGUCACAUUGCCCGAACAACAGCGACGGCAACGGUAAAAGAUCUCGAUCAUGACGACGAUGACGAUGACGAUGACACCAGCCUCACCGUCCUGGCCCUCGACGCCCGCACGCUCUGCUCCGCCGCCACGGGCCGGAACGGCGGCCAUCUGCAGCCCGUCAUCCACAAUGCGCCCGCGCACAUUAUCGAUUUCGAGCUACGGAAUUUCCAUCACGUCGAGGCGUUGGCGUUGAGUGCGUCUACGUUUCGAGGGGGUGGAGAUGGCCAUCACGGCAAUGGGGAUGGGAAUGGAAAUGGGCAUAACAGCGACCAUGACGAGUCUACGAGAUCUUCCCCUUCCUCUUCUUCCUCUUGGUGUGAUUUCCGCCGUCUCGAGGGGUGUCUGGGGUUCUGGAACGAGGAGUAUUUCCAGGACGCGAAGCGGGAUCUCGCUGCCACAGCUACUGCUACUGCUACUGCUACAGACAAGAACAAGAACAAGAACAAGAACACGCCCGUCGACGACUACGCCGGCCUAGCCCGGGUGGUUGAGGACGCCGAGGAGCUGGGGGCGCUGGGCCUGCGGGUGCGGAGCGGCGCGGUGGGCGCCAUCGUCCAGAGUGUCGCGGCCAGUUUGAGCCCGUACAAGCUGUGCGUGGGUGUGUGGCGGCGUCUGCUCGAGCGGUUCGAGGAGAAGGGCAAAUCGGCGGGAGAUGGUAGGAAUACAGCAGCGGGAACUGAAGCUUCAGGCGCACGGUUGUCGAGACACAGCUUGAAUUUGCAGACCGACACACCCGUCACGGCGCUGGAGAGAGUUGACUCCAACAGCAACAGCAGCAGCAGCAGCAGAGGUUACGGGUAUGGAUGGAUAUUGCACACGCCGCGCGGCAGCGUGCACGCACACACGGUCAUCGUCGCCACGAACGCCUACACGUCGCAUCUUCUCCCAGAAUUUGCACCCUUGAUCCGCCCCGUGCAGGCGCAGAUGUCUGCCCUCAUCCCUCCACCACCGGCACCGGCACGAGAUCUGGCUGGGAGGCACACGAUGAACAACACCAACACCAACAAUCAAGAAGCAAGGAAACUGAUCCCGAUGAGCUACGGCUUCAUGGGCGUUGGGGCCAUGGACCGCGUUAUGAGCGACUACCUCGUGCAGAAUCCGUAUGAUAAUACUCGUAUUAGUCAUCACCAACACCAACACCAUCUUGGUGACGAGGAUGAUGACCGAGAGCACGAGCACGAGCGAGAGCACAAAACCGAUGGCAUUGGUGGUAGUUACGAUGGUGGCGGCCACCUCAUGUUCGGCGGCGGCCGGCACCUGGCCCUCCACCACGGCGAGGGCGUGUGGGACGACGACUUCGUGGACCAGGCCGUCGAGCGGUACCUGCGCAGCCUGCCGGAGCGACUGAAUCUGGAUUUGAAUCUGGAACUGGACACGCGAGACAAGGACGAGGCGGCCGCCGUUUCAUCGUCACAAAAACAAACCCCCCUCCUCGCCAUCGCGGCCUCCUGGACCGGCAUCAUCGGGCACUCGGCCGACGGACGCCCGUGGGUCGGCGGCGCGCCAGACCGCGCCGGCGUGUUCGUGUGCGCCGGCUACACGGGCCACGGGAUGACCAACGCGCCGCUGUGCGGGCGGGCCGUGGCGCGGAGGGCCUUGAGAGCGCUGGCGCUGAAGGGGCUGAUGAUGGAGGAGGAGGAGGAGGAGGAGGGAAAGGAGACGACAGCAGGGGAUGUGGAUGUGGAUGUGGAUGUCCCGCCAGAAUACCUCAUCACGCAAGAGCGGAUCGAGCGUGUUCUGCAAGCAUAUGCAUAA